AUGACGAGGACGAUUUCCAGAGACCUUUUUUUUGCUUACAAGACAGCGGAUGCUACAACGAACCAGUAUGGCAAGAUUAGCUAUGUACUUGACUGCAUGACAGCUGAAACCUACUUGGCAAUCCCGGCACCACCAGGUUCAAAACAUGGGCUUCCAACAUUCAAAAGCAACCGCCCUGAAUCCAUGUUGGAGAAGUUCCAUGAAUUGUUGGCCUACUACUGCAAUAUUGGGUGUGGCGAUGAAUUUGCAAAUGCUAUAAUAAUGAAAGGAUGGGCGGAGUACAAUUCAUGGGAUCUUGGACAUGGUGAUCUGUUCAGCAACUAUGAGAAACCACCCAGUAAGAACAAUGGUGAAGUAUUCCUCAAGAACUACUUCAACCAACAGGUGGAACGGAACAGGAACCAAUUGUUUGACAAAGACUCAAAGCAGUGCACUUGCAAUGAAUGCAUAAUCCCAGCUGGGCCUCCUCCAGCAGUGCCUGCAGCUGGAGUUGAAGAUAACAAUUCUCAUCUACUCACUUGUCAACUCACUUGUCAAAUGGACUUGAUGGCACUUGAUGACACUUCUACUGCCACCAAUGCAGUGACAGAAACGCCUCCAAUGCGGGUAGACCCACCAAGGCGUCAACAAACCUUUGGAUACUGCUUUCCUUUCCAUCCAUACCGGUGCGAUGAUAUCCAAAACUAUGUCAAGAGAAGACAAGCUGGCAAGGUGGUAUGUGGAAUACCACCACACAGUUUCAACUGUCCUACUAAGUCAAUGUUGAAAGGCUGGGCUCCAGUUGAUUGA